UUUAGUGAGUCAGUAGAUGUCUGUAUGAUGAGUCAGGAUCCGUGUUUAGUGAUGGACUUCAACAACAAAAAAGUCCUUUGACACUGACCAAAUGGACCCAUGCAAAAGUGAAUGUGCCUAACUUAUUUUGCUGCAAUAUUUUUUUUGCCAUUACAACAAACUUUGUCAUUAUUUUUUUUACUCACGUCAAACAAGAAAUAAAACAUAAUAAUAAUGAUAACAUUAAUGUUAACAAUAAUAAUACAAUUUAGCUUGUAUUUUAAGUUAUAAAAAGAUUAAAGUAGAGAAAAUGAAAUCACAAUACAUUUUCUAAUUGAUUAAUCAAGAAAUUGUUGAUUAUUUAGAAAAAUGCCACACAACAGCUUCUCAAAUGUUAGGACCUGCUGCUUUUGUCUUUGUUUAGUCAUCACAAAACAAAUAUCAUAUCGAGAUAAAGACUGUUACAACAAGCAACUUAAAAACUUCUUCUUAGGCGCUUGGAAACAUUUAAAAAUACAUUCUGACAUCUUACAGAUAAUAUGAUUAAGAUAAAUUCAAGAUGAAAUGUACUUUAUUGAAUCCCAAAUUGAGAAUUGUUUUCAUUGCAUCAGCAUAACAAAAUCAAGGCAUUGCACAUAAAAAGAAAUUAAAGGAGUAGCAAUAAACAAUAACAAAAUAUAAACAUCUCAAAAUAGAAAUAAAACAGCAUUAGAGAGUAGAAAAAUAUACAGAUGACAGUGAAGAUAAAAAAUCUAUAAGCUAUCUGACAAAUAAAACACGACUGAAGAGCCAAUAUAAAUCAUGAUAAUGAUUCAUUUAAGAUUCUUAAAAAGACAAUGUAAAAAUAUGCAUUUGUUUCUUAAUAUGGGGCCACAUGCACUAAACUAUAUGCUUCACACAUUUAUGUUUAGGAACUGAAUAUAAUUAUUAUUUAGCACAAUGAUUAAGGCGGAGAUGUAUAAAACAUAUAUUCUUACAAGUGCUUUUUAUAUGUAUCACACUUUGUGUUCAAAAAGAAAAAUCAAGCCAAAUAUUCCACAUGGUAAUGGGGAGUCAAACUGCAGCUUACACUUCCUAGUAUUUCAGAAAUCAAAUUUAGUAAAUUAUUUGUAGUACCAAUUAAGUCCCAGAUUGGGUUUACAGUAUCCACUGAGCAUAGACCUUGGCUGAACUUAAUACGAACUUUAUUUGAAUAAAAUACAAAGCAUUAGCAAAACACAGAUGCCGCUGGACAUUAGCAUAAGAAAACCUGACCACAAUUAACCACUGAUAGCCCAUGGUGGCGUUCUGCAUGACUGUGAUGCAGCAAUGACCUUUAUUAGACAUAUUGGAGUGCUUGCUGACAUUUAUUAUGCUGUUCAAUUUGAAUAUUAUGUGGGCGGUUUAAUUGGCUCUCUGAUCAUUUAAAAAAAUGUCUUGCAGGCUGUAUUCACUGUCUGGCUGUUAGAAGCCUGCACACAUCUCUUCAAAAGUUUCAACAUCUAGGUGCUUCAGAGUCUGGGUCCUAUUUUUUCUGCAGCCUCAGCAGUAUCACUGUUUCGAUAUCUGCAGUGGUCUGAGCUCUUGGCCCUGCUCUUACCUCACCAUGCUCAUUUGAUACUUAUCAGUAAACAUGUUACAUAAUGGUUUGCUGCAGUGGUAACAGAAAUUACCUCAUCUGUUUAACAUUUUGCCCACAUUGUUGUCCUAGCAAGAUUUCAAUAUUCUGUGCAGCUAUGUAAAGUGGACACUGCAGAUUCUCUCUCAUGAUUUCAGAAUUGUAAGCAGCUGCCUCAGCAUAUUUACUGCAGUAUAACAACAAGAAUGUGUGCUUGUGUUCUUGUUUGUGGAACAAUGCCUUUGUCAGACCUCAGGAAACGGGUGACAAGGGAUAUUUAAAAAUGUAUUUCAUUCUGUACACCCCGGUGAGUUUGGUUUGCAUAAUGAUGAGGCUGAUUGUGCUGUGAUUCAUCAUUAAGGUCAAGUCUUUAUUGGAGACAUGAAUCUGUUUUUAAAAUGUCCCAUGUUGUACUUUAUUUACAUGUUUUUAAUUUGUUAACAAAAAUGUGAUAACUUAAGGCAUUUUAAGUUGACAUAACUUAAAUAAAUGAUUGAAAUGUGUGUAAAGUUACUCUAGCUACAGAAUAUGAUUUCUUCUCUGGUGGCCAACUUCUGUAACAUAUACUGUCCUUGGAAACAUCUCAAAAAUUGCAAGUGCAUAUGUUGAUGUAUCUGCUUUUUUAUGAACACCUGGAACCAGGCACAUCUUUUCCACCCCUGUCUCUGGCCUCUGUUCUCAGCACCAACCGCUCCUGGUUCAAUCUGCCUCAAUACAGAAAUUGUCACUUCACCACUGCAGCGGAUCAGUAAACUGCACUGAGCAUGCUCGCUGCAGAUGCAGCCUGUAGAUGGAGCAAAGUGGAGAGGAGGAGGAGAGAAAGCGGCAGAGAGGGAGACAGAGGAGCUGCACACAGCGCCGGGAUGCUGUUGCAGCUCUGAGAACAAAACCUGCAUGGGAGGAUUUGUCUUGAUCAACACAGAUGGAGUGUGAAAGGGGAAUAAAAAUGACUGGGAUGUCAGAUUGUCAUCAUCAAAGAGAAACAGAUAUGUGAAAAGGGACUCUUGGACGGCGUAGAAAUGUACGCCUUCUACUCCCUUUUAGUCUACAUCUUCUACACUGUCUUCAAGAAGGAUGAGGAGGAGGAAGCUUUGGAGGGGGCAUGUGGAUCUUCCUCAAAUGAGCCAAGACCUGUUUCCAUGGAAACAGGGAGAAGGAGGAGAGAUGGCCACACCUCCAAAAAGGGGAAGAAGGCUUGUGCUCAGCUUGGGGAAUCCAGCAGUAGCAGUGACAGUGAUGAAAUGUCUCUGAGUGAUGAAGGUGAGGCAGAUGGCCCCGACAUCCCAGCAUGCACACCUCUAGCUGCCUUUUUGUCCUUCAAGCAUGAGGCUGAGAAGAGGAGGGCUUCACAGGUCCAGCUGGAAACCACAGGAAAGUCGACAGAGUCUCCCCUGGUGGCGGUAAUGUCCCACUUGCUGACUUUUCUGGAGCAGUACUCCCACUUCCAGCAGCUGCAGCAGCAGGCCGACCAGUACCGGGUUCAGCUGAAGAGGCACCGUGUCAAGCACCGCCGACAAAUGAAGGCCCUACGAGCGUCAUACCGCCAGCGCCUUAGAGACAAAAGCAGCAUCAUCAGCAGCCUGGAGGAAGCCAUCAGCCAGCAACAUACCCCCAGCCUGCUGAGCGAGGGUGAGUCCAGCAGUGAUGCAGGGACACACGCUGGGGUUCACCGGCUGGUUGAGUCUCUGUACGGUCUGCAGGGCGAGAGGAGUAAGCUGAGAGGAGAGUUGCGUCUGCUGCACUCACAGCUGGAGGAGAAAGAUCUGGACAGACACUCUCGUAUACAGACUUUCCUGCAGCAGAUCGACGAGCUCAAGAGCUGCAUAGAGGAGCGUGAGGAGGAGCUGUCCAGACUGAAAACAGCCACUGGGGCCACUGACUCAGAGAAGCGAGUGAUGUGUCUGUCAGCCGAGAAUGAGAGUCUGAAGCAGAACCUGAGCGUUACCCAAGGCCUCCUGCAGCAGCUGUCAACCAUCCCCUCCCAGUCCAGCACAAUGCUCAUCAAGGAGAAUGAAAACCUCCGCAGUAGAGUGCAGCAGCUGGAGAUGUCCCUACAGCAGCGUGCUGAACAGCUAUCACAUCUGGAGCGACAGAGCGAGCAAAGUGAGUGGAGGAGAGGAGAGGAGCUGAGAAAACGAGAGGACCGAGUGAGGGAGCUGCAGCUGGAGUUGGACAGAGAAAGAGGGAAGGAGCCAGUGGUGAAGUAUGUCACCCAGACGGUGGAGGUGGAAUCACCAGCCACAUUAAAGCAGCUGACCAAAGCCAGACAGAGGAAUGAACUCCUGUCUGAUAAGCUAGCCAAUCAGAAUGAGCGGUGCAAACAGCUGGAGGAACACAUCAGGAAGUCUGAUGAAUACAGCUGCAAUCUGCAACACAAGAUUGCAGCGUAUGAGCGAGAAAUCACUAAACUGAGGGAGGAGCUGUUGAAAGAGAUUGGUCACUUGGAGGAAAAAAAGGAGGAGGCUGUAAAGGCUGCCUCCACCUGCUCAGCCGAGCACUUCCAGAACCUGCAGGACCAAUUCUUCGGCUUGCAGAAGCGUCUCACUGCACUCCCUCCAGCUUUACGCUCCAUGAAAACAGACUACACCAGUCUGAGGAGCCAGGUUAGAAACUUCUCAGACUUUUACGGAGCAGCUAUCAAUGACGCAAAAAAACAGAUUACAGCAGCUAUUAGUGAGAUGUCUGAAGCCAACAAAGAUCUCCUGGAGAAAUACAGGAAGGAGGUUGCACUGCGCAGGAAGUACCACGAGCAGCUGGUGGAGCUUAAAGGCAACAUCCGCGUGCUGUGCCGUGUGAAGCCUGUGCUGAAAGAGGACCAGCACGAGGAGGGCCAGUCUGUGGUGGUGACCACGGACCCCAACAACGAGUCCUCACUCAACGUGCUGAACAAGGGAAAGGAUCGCAUCUUCGAAUUGGACAAGGUCUUCCACCCUCAGGCCACACAGGAAGAGGUCUUUCAGGAGAUUGAGCCUCUUGUGACGUCCUGCAUCGAUGGCUACCAUGUUUGCAUAUUUGCCUAUGGACAAACUGGCUCUGGAAAAACCUACACCAUGGAGGGCAGUGUGGAAAACCCAGGCAUCAACCAGCGAGCCCUGAAACAUCUCUUCAGCGAGAUCGAGGAAAGGAAGGAUAUGUGGUCUUACACGGUCACCGUCAGCUCUGUGGAGAUCUACAACGAGGUGCUAAGAGACCUGCUGAGUAAGGACGGUGAGAAACUAGACAUUAAGAUCAACCCAGAUGGGACGGGACAGCUGCAUGUGCCGGGCCUCAGGGUCAUCGAAGUUAAGAGCUUUCAGCACAUCAAGAAGAUUUUGGCUAAAGCCCGAAGGAACAGGAUCACCUUCGGCACUCAGAUGAACCUGCACAGCUCCCGCUCCCACGCUCUGCUCUGCGUCACCGUGCAGGGCACUGACCUCGCCACCGGCUCCAAAACCACCGGAAAAUUGAACCUGGUGGACCUGGCUGGCUCUGAGAGGGUUUGGAAGUCUGGAGCAGAGGGAGAGAGGCUGAAAGAGGCGCAGAAUAUUAACCGCUCCUUGCUGUCACUGGGGGACGUCAUUCAGGCACUGAGAGCUCGGCAGACUCAUAUCCCUUUCAGGAACUCCCGCCUUACAUACCUAUUACAAGACUCCCUGGGAAAAGGUAGCAAGACUGCCAUGGUGGUGCAGGUAUCCGCUCUGGAAAGUAAUGUGGGAGAGACAUUGUGCUCACUGAAGUUUGCCCAGCGGGUGUGCAAGGUGGAACUGGGUCCUGCAGCCAGGAAGAUUGAAUCUGGUGGAGGACAGUGCGACUGACAGUCCUGCACCAGCCACUUCCUGUUCCCCAGUGUUUACCAGGGAGCCAUGAAUCCACAAGUCAGAUUAUCACCCACCCUACCAACCAAUCAUAACGCUUCAAUAUCAACAAGAUCAAGAGCAAUCCUGCUCAAGGGCUAAAUCUGAGGAGGUCUGUGUGCCAGCCGAAUGCCAGCCUUUGAUUGAGGUUAGGUUUUCAGGCCUCCUCGUUGCCAUGUUCUGCUUCUGACAAGCGAUAACCCUUUAUCUUUCGCUAAUCUGCAUGCAGGGGUAUUUACUCUUCCUAUCCGAGUCCCAAAACAACCUCUGACUCCCCCCAAGGUCUAGAUACGAUGCUUCCCUUGAACUACAAUAUCUCAGUUUCCUUUUAUGAAAUACCAAAAACCAGGAUUAAUCUUAUCAGCUUUUCGUGCUGAUCAUCACAGUAUUUAAAGCAGGGUGACGAUAGAGAACAUGUUCAACAAGCUUCCAGAGCCACAAUAUCAACACCUCCGUUUUUUGUAGUAUUUGUGAUCUUGCUAUUAAUAUCCGUAGUUUGUGAGCUUCAUCGCUAAUGUUGUAUAUUUUGGAGGGUUGUAGUGUGUAGGAGUGUGUUUGUCACGUUAAUGCAGUUUUUUGUGAACUUCAGAAGAGCAUUGAAUGUUUUCUGUUUCUCUUUAGAGCCUUGAUCAUUUGCCUUUUGAGAACAGAGGAACGCUGUUGAAGGGACAGGUGGCCUUGAAUAAGAAGUGGUAAUGAACGGUGCAAUACGCUCCCGGUUGAGGAGACAGUUAAGGCCUACGUUGUCGGAAGAAGCACUUUAUUGUGGGAGAAAAGGAACAUUUUCGUUCAGAACAGGUAUAUCCGUGCUUGCCAUAGAUAUCACUAGUGAAUGUCAUACCAAAAACCGCGUAUCUGUUCAUCAUUGUUCCUCUAUUUAUCACCCAUUGGAUCAACUUGGUUCAAUAGUAGCAAGACAUUAAUGUUGCAGUAACUAUCAUGAGUGCAUAGGGCUCACUUAAUAAGGCCUAGUCGGUGAAUUUUCAGAUAGUUUUCUGAAUAAAUACCACGUAUUUACAAAGUGUCUUUUCUCUUAUUUGAUGUCCAGCAAUAAAAUCAUUAAAAGUAAUAAUUGGUGAUAACAUGAAACCACAACAGCUAUCGCUUAAACAU